CAGCCGCGGGUUGCGGUGUCGGUGCCAGCGGAGCAGCCCGCACCUCAGGCUCGGCGGGCGGGGGGGGGGGACUGUAAGAUUCAGAUAUGUCCUUCAUAUUUGAUUGGAUUUACAGUGGUUUCAGUAGCGUAUUACAGUUUUUAGGACUGUACAAGAAAUCGGGCAAACUAGUGUUUCUUGGACUGGACAAUGCUGGAAAAACUACACUGCUGCACAUGCUCAAAGAUGACAGACUGGGACAACAUGUCCCCACGUUACACCCCACUUCAGAAGAGCUGACAAUUGCUGGCAUGACUUUCACUACCUUCGAUCUGGGUGGACAUGCUCAAGCUCGCAGAGUGUGGAAAAACUAUCUGCCUGCGAUUAAUGGCAUUGUGUUCUUGGUGGACUGUGCAGAUCAUGAAAGAUUGCUUGAAUCAAAAGAAGAACUUGAUUCACUAAUGACAGAUGAAACUAUUGCUAAUGUGCCUAUCCUAAUUCUUGGUAACAAGAUUGACAGACCUGAAGCCAUUAGUGAAGAGAGGUUACGAGAGAUGUUUGGUCUGUAUGGCCAGACAACAGGAAAGGUGGUACCGAUGGUGACCUGCAUGGUACAAGGCUGCGGUGGGGAGGGAGCUGGUCCUGCCCCGAGUUGUCCGCUGGAGCCUGCCUCAGCCGUGCCCUCCCCUGCUGCUCUCCAGGAGAUGCGUCCCGCCUGCGCUCACUGGGACCAGCCCUGGCACCUCUACAUCAGCUCCGGCGCUGAGCCUGCAUCCCAAGUGCAAAGAAGAGGCGAUCAAACUCUUGCCUUGCUGCAGCAAGUGCCUGAGCAGACAGUCCCUUCAAAAACAGAUGGUGGCCCUCCAUUCACACACCACGUCCCCAAAGCUCCUGGAGCAGCAUGUGCCUUCAUCUCUCUCCUGUAUAAUGUAGCCUACAGGCCAUGUGUUGCAACCCUGCCCCUGUCCCCUUCAGCCUAUAUUUCUGUAUCUCGCUAGGAAUUAAUCUGCUCUCGGUGCCAGUCUUUGGAGAGUUUGCGGGUUUUUGUGCUAAGACUAAGAAAUUGGGUGAAGUGGAAGCUGGAGCAUCACCCCACAAAGCCCUCUGCGGUACAGGAGAGGUUGGUGGUGGAAAGCUGUGCCAGAUGAGGAGGUUUCAAUCAGGAGCUCAGGCUGACGUGUCACUGCUCCUCAAGAGCCAAAGAAAACCCCAAGCCCCAAAUUCAGCUCAUUCCCCCAUGAAAAUAAAUUUGCGCCCCAUGCUGCAUGGCUGGGAAGCUCUGCCAGCAGUGAAGUGUUGGCGACUGCUGUGGAAAUUUUGGCUAAAGAUGACUUUCAAACGUUUUUUCUGUAAAGGUAUACACAGGACAGCAUAGAAGAGUAGGAAGGCAAGAAAAAUUAAACUGUGUUAAAAUUUCACAUCAAUAGGCUACUUGCUGUUAGAGAAAACCAGGAGUUUAUGCCCCAGUUUAAGCUUAUCAUGGUGUGCAACCCACUUUUGGGGUACUUAACAGAAAUCAUCCUAGUCGUAGGUCUGGACGUUCUUUUUAUUCUUCUCACUGGUUUUCAAGCAACGUUCUUGCGCUUUUCUCUGCCUCGGACACGACUGUUAGCGUUAAGGCUGCUCCGUGCCUUGUGCGAUCCCCCUGCCCUUGACAUGAAUCUCAACCCAGAUGAACCACGGCGAGAGUUUGCUGGAGCAGCGCGCUGCCUGAGCUUGCAGCUCUGCAAACUCAGCUCCCUCUGACUCCAGUUGGCACUAUGGCUGCAGGAGAUUUGAGCUGUGAUUUAUGUCCCGCAAGAAAGUGCAGCAUCAUAUAUUUAAGGUAAGGUGCUGAGUAUCAUUCGGUCUUGGCAGCUGUGGGAUUUAGGAGGAAUAAUGCAUCCAAACUCCUUAGUUUCUUUGUUUUAUUGAUACUUAUUCAGUAGCAGAAGUACACAAGGAGGAUUACUGGGGUCUAGGUGCAUAAGAAAAGCAGGAUCAAACCUUUGAUUUUGCACCUUUAAACUCACUUAGAGGCUCAGUUUUGCUUGUCCAAAAUUCACUCAUCCCUCCCAUGCUGCUGCUGGCACCACAUUUGCUGGGCAGGGGUGAUGUAGCUCCGGGCUAUGGAGGGGAGUCUAGCUCCAAAAGUGCUCCUUUUGACUUGGAUUUCAAAAAGAUACAGUUAUGAUCUGUGUGAGAGCUUCAAUGAAGCGGAUAAUUUUGAUGUUGGCCUCCUUUUCCCCGUUAAUUCUAGUAUAUGAGGUAUGUCUCAGUAACGAGCAGUUGUGUUUUCUGCCUCGUGGCAAGCUGGUUUCUGGAAACUCGGUAUACUUCAGCACUAGCAUUUAGAUACUUGUCUCUCCUUACAAGUUUUUGUAUUUGUAUUUAAACAGCAGACAGACUGUCAGUAAGACGUGGUUCGUGUGAAAGUUCUUUAUAAAAGACAGCUACAAAAGCAACCAGAAUGAUCGCUCCGGGUUCACGGUUGGGAAGUAGGAACAAAAUGAGGCUUAAAUAGCGAUGAGUCAAUGCAGCGAUGAAGUGCCUAUUUAUUGGUAAAUAAAGGCUGGUUGCCAUUGCCUGCUUCGAAGCCUGUGUGCCCCCGAGGGGUUUGGAAAGUGGUGAUGCAAACUGAUGAGUCACAGUUUAGAACAAUAGUUUCUUCACGCGAAAUGACUCAGGAUAAAAGAAAAACAGGUUUUUCAAGAAGCUGAAGC